CCAGGGGCACGCCGCCGUGCUGCGGCGCCCGGAGCCCGAGCGGGUCCUCGCCGGCAGGCGCGGACCCCGUGUCGCCCCUGCCCGGCGCGCUGGCAGACGUGGCGGGGGAGGUGCAGCCGGCGGUGCCGCGCCAGGGCUCCUGGGAGUCGCCCCGCGCGCCGCCGCGGCCGCGCACCCACUGCGGCCUCGUCGGGCGGGGGCUGGAUCCACGCGAGGGCCGCCCGGCGUCCGAAGAUCGGUCGUGCUGGGGCGACCAGGCCGGCGCUGGCUCGGACUGCGACGGCGACGGCGGUGGCGAGGCUUGCAGCGCCGCGGGCGCCGCGGCCCUGGAGAGCCUGCGCGGGGGCUGCCGCGCCUGCGUCAAGCUGCGGCUGCGGCUCGAGCAUGAGGACCUCUCCGCGGCGGGGCGGGGGGCCGGCACCGCAUCUCGCCGCCCCGCGGCCCCGCCGCCCGGACGCCGCCGCCGCUGCUGCCCCUGCCGCCUCUCAGGAGCGAAAGAAGG